CUGAUUUUGACCAAGCUCGAGGCAUGGGCAAUGACUUCUAGCACCGACGAUCUAUAUGACCAGCUUUGUAUUAUUCACCCAUCCUAAGUAGUAUAUUAGAUUAUCAUACAGCUAGCAAGAUGCAACGAGUUGCGGUUGUGCUCUUUGUCGCAGGGCUGGCACUUCCACCGGGUGUCAAAUGUCAAUCAUCUGCUGAUAUUGACUCGUUCAUUCCGCAGCGGAUGGCAUGCCCAGAGGAUGUCCAGGUCCGCCCAGCUGGGAAUCUGUCCUCAGAAGAGGAAACGUGGAGAGAGACGAGAUUGACCGAGGUCAUAAGCUCUAUGAAGUCUUACCUGACAACAGCCAAUAUCUCAGGUUUCGACACCGAAUCGUAUCUCAGUAAGCUUAACACCACGAAUGCUCCCAUUCUCGGUCUUGCUAUCUCUGGGGGUGGAAGCACCUCUGGAAUGGGCGGUCUGGGCAUCUGGCAGGCAUUCGAUGAGCGUUACGAGCCUGCUGUCAAGGCUGGCACCGGUGGUAUAACCCAGUGUCUCACCUAUCUCACUGGACUCAGUGGCGGUGGUUGUAUUGCCGUCUCAACUCUAGCCAGCAAUCAGUACACCACAGUGGACAACAUCAGACAAGCCGUCAAUUUCUCUGAAAACUACGUGACAGGCCCGAAUGACAAUGUUUCGGAGUAUUUCACCGACCUCUACGAAAACAGUCUUGCAAAACAAGAAGCCGGCUUCCCAGUCUCCAUCGCGGAUAUCUUUGGCCAGUUCUGGCAGAUGUACCUCCCGGAGUCGUGGCAAAACAGCUUGUUUUCAGACCUCGCCACACAAAACACCUCCUUUUCCAACGGAACAGGUCCAAUGCCGAUCCUCGGCCUGGCAGAAGUGAUCCCAGGCCAAUCACCGAGCAUGGGAAACAUCCUGUACCCAGGCCGCAACUCCACAAACGGAUUCAACCUGACCGAGUACGAAGUCACCCCGUUCGAGUUUGGAAGCUGGCUGGGCGGGCGUGUGCAGGGCUUCAUGCCGACGCAGUACCUUGGUUCUGCCAUGUCAGCUGGAGAGCCGUCAGGCGUCACCUGUGUUACUGGAUUCGACAGAUUCACCUUCUUCCAGGGCGCCACUGCGGACGCGUACAACUUCUAUUUUAUCUCUGAUUUCUUCAACAUCCCACUAUUCGCCAAGCGCGCCCUAUCCAGCAUUCAAAACCUCGUAGCCCGACAAGAUGUUGGUGCGCCAGACGACGUGGACAUACCGUCAGAAUGGGACAGUAAUCUGCUGGUGGGCUUGGUGAACCAGACAGCUGAAACCUUUGGCCAGGAUUUCAACGAUACCCUCUGGGCCUGGGUGCCAAACCCAUUUCAGGACUAUAAUGAUGCAAUGGCCAAUGUUACUGAUCUGCUUCUGGUCGACGGGAGUGAGGCGGGUGAGACGGAUCCCUUGCGGCCACUGAUCAUCCCGCAGAGGGGGUUGGAUUUCAUCAUUGUGUAUGAAGCUACACUUGAUGCUGCUUAUAAUUGUGACAACGGCACCAAUCUCAUCAACUCAGCUCAGGCCGCUGAACAAGGAGGUAUCCCUUUCCCUAAGGUUCCUACCGUGGACACUCUUGUCCUUCGUAACUAUACUCGGCAACCCACCUUCUUCGGGUGCAACGACAGUGCCGAGACGCCAUUGUUGCUGUGGCUGCCCAAUUCACCCUGGUCGUCCUACUCCAACUACUCCUAUACAAUGGCGGCGUUCACCGACACCCAGCUGAACGUAACACUUGAAAAUGCCUUCAACCUGGCAACCUACGGCAAUGGAAACAUCCCCGCGGGCGAGGGCUGGUCGACCUGUCUAGCCUGCGCUGCAGUCAAGAAGAGUGUUGCAAGAGUUGGUUUGGAGUUGCCCGAGGUUUGCAGCCAGUGUUGGACGCGAUUCUGCUGGGACGGGACUGAAGAGGAUGGAAAAACGGAUACAGAGACGGCUUUUGACUUGCCGCUUCGUUUGAACCCCAACUUGACUUAUUCCGAGUGGUAUAAUACGACUUGGAGUAUGUGAUCUACAUGUUUCGAGGAGGGGCACAACCUAAACCAACAAUAGGCCAACGGCGCACAACGUUCAGAUGAGAGGACAACCAAGGAGUUAUUUUGUUUUCAGGGAAGAAGAAUGCAGUGACUGUGAACAAAGGAAGGCUAUCUAGGCAGGCAAUAUAUAGGCAUACUUUAGGACUACAUAACCUGUAGUAAUGUUUCACUCAUUCAUUGUACAAU